CGUAUGAUAUGAGACGUCUGAAAGUAGUGUUCAUAUAGCAGCAGUCGGUGUGCACAGGAAGAAUUGACGUGGUGUUACAUCGAGAACUCUGGAACUAUUAAUUUUGUUAUAAGUAAAAUACCAUUCGGAAAAAAGUUCAUUCGAAAAUUUUGAAACGGGAAAAAAUAUUUGGAUUUUCGGACUUUCGGGAAAAAUACCAUUCAGGAAAAAAUUCAUUCGAAAAUUUCGAUUCAGGCAAAAUACCGGUAUUAAAUAAUUUCCAUUCCAAAAUGACCUAAAUUAAAACGAAAUAGCAAUGAAACCCUUAAAAAAAUCUACUAACGACGAGAUCAACAUGGCUGAAGAAGUGGACGCAGAUCAUGAAAAAUGGGAAAAAUUAAAUUUCACCUCAAAGGCUAAAUACGUGUUUAAGAACAUAACUGUUGAGCCAAUACUUGGAUUUUUCAUUGUGUCCAGUGUACUUGGCAACCUCACUACACAAAAUCUAAACUUACAGAAAUCAUGUAGGGUUAAUUUAAACAUGAGCGACGCGAUUUGCUCUGCGUUGGAAAAACGGAUGAAGAUGAAUUAUACUCUUGACCAGGAAGCAAAAGUCCAAGAACUAGUCACUGACAUGACAAUGUGGCAGUCAGUUAUACAGCACACUAUUCCAUGUGUAUUCGUGAUUUUCAUCGGAUCCUGGAGUGACAGAACGCGUAAGAGAAAACCAGUCCUGUUAUUGCCCAUUUUCGGAGAACUUGUGCGGGUCCUGGGCUUAUUAGUUUGCGUAUUCUAUUUUUAUGAAUUACCAAUGGAAGUCGCGGGGCUGGUCGAGUCCGUGCCUUCAUCAUUAACAGGUGGUUGGAUGAUCAUGUUCAUGGGUGUGUUUACAUACAUUGCAGAUGUAACUACUGUAAAAAUGAGAACUCUUAGAAUAGGUGUGCUGAAUUUAUCUUUAACCAUAGGAAUAUCUUUCGGUAUAGCCUUAUCUGGUAUUCUGUACCAAAAACUCGGGUUUUAUGGCAUAUAUUCAAUAUGUUCGACUAUGUACUUCAUGGGUAUACUCUAUGGAUUUUUUUGCCUAAAAGAUAUAAAAAGUAAUGAAACCCAGACCGUUUGUGAAGACAAUAAACUUGUUAAAAACACAUCAUUCUUAACAAAUGUAAAAGAAUUUUUUGAUUUAAUACACAUUAAAAAUGCGUUUAAAGUCACUUUUAAAAAAGGUAAUGACAACAGAAGGCUCCGGAUUUUGAUGAUGAUGUUAGUUCUCAUGAUAAUAAUGGGUCCUAUGACAGGUGAAAUGUCAGUUAUGUACUUAUCGACCAGAAUACGAUUUAAUUGGGAUGAAUUAGAUUACAGUAUGUUUUCUACAUUUACCAUGGUCAUUGGUUUUAUUGGGACAUCAAUUUCUUUAUGGAUUUUCAGUCACAAGUUGAAAAUGGAUGACACACUGAUAGCUAUAAUGGCAUGUAUUAGUAAAGUGAUUGGUAGUUUUGUUUUUGCAUUUGCACCCAAUAAAUACAUAUUUUAUUUGGGCGCAGUUGUGGAAAUUAUUCAUGGCGCUGGUUCCAUUGCAACCAGAUCUAUAUUCACUAAACUCGUUACACCAGACGAACUUGGCCAAGUUAGUUCUGUAAUAGGAGUUUUUGAGGCUUUUGUUCCAAUGAUAUAUGUACCGAUGUACAGUGCAUUUUAUAAAGCUACAAUGAAAACUUUUCCUGGAGCUUACUUCCUCCUUGGAGGAGGCUUAACUAUACCAGCAAUUUUUGUAUUUUUGUGGAUGUAUAAAGGAAAUAAAGAACGAGAAGCUCGUGAAAUAGAAAAUAACAAAUCUGAAAUAAUACAAAAAAAUUCUGAAUUAACAAACGAUACAAUCAAAAUUCCUAAAUCAUACGAGACGUCAGAAAAAAAUGAUUAUGAAAACCCAGGAUUUAAGUCCGAUAGCUGUGGUAAUUACAGUACAAUAGAAAUGAAGGAACAAGACAGUAGUUCCACUUCAAAUGAUGAAGACAAUAACAGUUGGCAAGACAUGGGGUUCUGUUCCAGAGUGAAAUAUGUCUUCAAAAACAUCACCGUGGAACCAUUGUUGGCGUUUUAUCAGGUUUCGUCCGUGUUAUCGAGUUUGACCACCCAAAACCUCAACCUGCAAAAGGCCUGCAGGGUAAACUUACAAAUGAAGGACGAUGUCUGCGACGGACUGGAGAACAGGAACAUGUCGUUUUAUGUUGAUGAAGAAGUUCAAGUCCAGCAACAGGUUGCAGAUAUGCUCAUAUGGCAAACAAUAAUCCAAAGUAGCAUACCGUGUAUACUUGUCAUAUUUGUCGGGUCGUGGAGCGAUCGAAAUAGGAAGCGCAAACCGUGCAUGCUAGUCCCGGUAAUCGGUGAAAUCAUCAGGAACAUCGGAUUAUUACUUUGUGUGUUCUAUUUCGACGAGCUGAAGAUGGAGGUGGCCGGUCUAGUUGAAUCAAUACCUACGUCUAUGGCCGGCGGACUUACCGUUCUGUAUCUGGCCGCGUUUUCUUACAUGGGAGACAUAAGUUCUAUAAAAAAUAGAACUCUCAGGGUUGGUUUGAUGAAUUUAUUCUUUGGUGUGGCUUGGCCAAUCGGUGCUGCACUUUCUGGUGUUUUAUAUCAAAAACUAGGAUUCUUCGGAGUGUAUUAUAUCUCUACAGCAUUAUACAUUAUAGCUUUUAUCUAUGGCUUUGUCAAUAUCAAAGAACAUCCAGGGCCAGUACCAUUAAAAGAAUCCAACCAGACGUCAAAAUCUUGUAUGUAUCUUGUUAUUGAUUUUUUCAAUCUGAAACAUAUCAAAGAAGCAUUUCACACAACGUUCAAAAGAGGCCCGGGAAAAAGAUGGACAAAAAUCAUUUUAUUGAUGUUUACAAUAGUUGUCAUCCAAGGUCCUUCACAUGGAGAAUCUGGAAUUUCUUACUUUUAUACGCGAGUUCGUUUUAAUUGGAAUGAAUUGGACUACAGUUUAUUCUCAACCUUCUUAUUUUUGACAAACAUUGCAGGUGUUGGGUUUUCGAUAGGAGUUUUAAGCCACUUAUUGAAAAUAGACGAUGCACUCAUUGGAGUGAUAUCUUGUUUCAGCAAAGUAUUGGCUGGGUUAGUAUUUGCAUUUGCGCCUACAGAAUUUUUUUUUUACAUUGGCGCGUUGGUUGAUGUAAUGAGUGGCACUUCGUAUAUCGUAAUGAGAUCAAUUAUCUCAAAGAUCGUACCUCAUGCUGAACUUGGUCAGGUAUCAGCUAUAAUUGCAGUCAUUGAAACAAUAGUACCUGUUAUAUACAAACCUUUGUACAGUGCAAUAUACAGAGCCACUCUUAACACGUUUCCAGGCACAUUUUACGUCAUCGGUUCAAUAAUGCUGAUCCCAGCCAUAUUUAUAUAUUGGUGGAUGUAUCGUUUAAAUAACCAAGAAGAUGAGAAAAAAUCCACUGUUGAAGAAAUUGGAUCAAAUAAUGUUCAUGAUUUAGAAAAAUAUUAGAUUAUUGAUAAUAUUUAAGAAAUUGAAUAGAACACAAUUAAAAUAA